AAAUUCAAUCUUUAUCAGUUUAUCAAUUGCCAAAUCCGAAAGUAACCCAAACCCACCAUUUCAAUGGUCCCAGAUUUCGCACACAUUAAACCCACUUAAAGAACAUGAGCGGCAAAAAAGUAAACAGUUUACUAUCGAUGGUUAGAAUAAAAUAAUAAUGGAAAGAAAAGCAUUUAGCCAUAUUUUUCCGAAAAUAAAGACAAGGAAAAGAACCAAGAAAAUAUUCUUUCAACCUUUUUCUGCUUCCUUCCACAAACAGCCUUUCUUCCUUUUCUCUUCCUUUUCACAUGCUUUGUGUGUAAUUCUAUUGUGUCAAUUGAAGCCCAGAGGCGAAAAGAAAAAGUGCAGAAGGAAAAAUGGCAACUCUUGGGGAUAUUGGUGUGUCGGCACUUAUCAACAUAUUUAGUGCCUUUGCAUUCUUGCUGGCCUUCGCGCUGCUCAGAAUUCAGCCAAUCAAUGACAGAGUUUAUUUUCCCAAAUGGUACAUGGCUGGGAAGAGGACGAGCCCCAGGGGAUGGGGUGGUGUAGUGGGCAAAUUUGUCAAUCUCAAUAUCAUGACUUAUUUCACUUUUCUCAACUGGAUGCCUCAAGCACUCAAGAUGAGUGAGCCUGAUAUCAUUAGCCAUGCUGGGCUUGAUUCUGCUGUUUUCUUGAGGAUUUAUACUCUUGGGUUGAGUGUUUCUGUUUUCCUUGGCGAUUAUGCUGCUUGCUUUCUUCUUUUUCUUAUCCCCUUAUUACUGGAUAAGCUGUCAAUUCAUCUCGGAAACCUGAAAAUAUUUGGACCAAUAACGAUUGCGGCUCUUCUGUUUCUGAUUCCCGUGAAUGUAUCUGAUGGAACUUUAUUUUUUCUGCGCCAUGACUUGGUUGUGAGUGACAUCGACAAGCUUUCGAUAUCAAAUGUUCGUCCCAAGUCUUAUAAGUUCUUUGUCCACAUAUCAAUGGAGUACUUGUUUACUUUCUGGGCUUGUUUCCUUCUUUACAAGGAGUACGGUAGAGUUGCAUCAAUGCGGCUAAAUUUUUUAUCUUCGCAGGGAAAGCGAGCCGAACAAUUCACAGUUCUUGUUCGGAAUGUGCCACAUGUUUCUGGACGCUCAAUCUCUGAUAGUGUUGAGACCUUCUUUCAGAGAAAUCAUCCUGAUCAUUAUUUAUGUCACCAGGCUGUGUACAAUGCAAACAAGUUUGCGAAACUGGUUAAUAAAAGAAACCGACUCCAGAAUUGGCUGGACUACAACCAGCUUAAAUUUGAGAGACAUCCAGACAAGAGGCCCACAAGAAAGAGUGGCUUCCUUGGAUUUUGGGGCAAAAAGGUGGAUUCAAUUGACUUCUACAGGGAGCAACUAAAGAAUCUUGAUAAAAAGAUGACCAUAGAACGCCAAAAAAUCUUAAAGGACCCUAAAUCCGUAAUGUCGGCUGCCUUUGUGUCUUUCAACUCGAGAUGGGGAGCUGCUGUUUGUGCACAGACACAACAGAGCAAAAAUCCCACGCUUUGGCUAACGAAUUGGGCUCCCGAGCCACGUGAUGUUUACUGGAAGAAUCUUUCGAUACCUUUUGUCUCGCUUACCAUUCGGAAGCUCGUGAUAUCAUUAUCGGUGUUUGCAUUGGUGUUCUUUUACAUGAUACCUAUUGCUUUUGUCCAAUCACUGGCUAAUCUUGAAGGGCUGGAGAAGGUUGCCCCUUUCCUCAGGCCUUUAAUUGAAUGGAAAUUUGUGAAGUCAUUCCUUCAGGGUUUUCUUCCUGGUCUUGCUCUUAAAAUCUUUCUGCACUUUCUUCCUGCAAUUUUGAUGAUUAUGUCGAAAAUAGAAGGACAUGUGGCGCUAUCGGUAUUGGAAAGACGGACGGCUGCAAAAUAUUACUACUUUAUGCUCGUUAAUGUGUUUUUGGGUAGUAUAGUGGCUGGUACUGCAUUCCAGCAGCUUCAUGCUUUUCUUCAUCAGUCCGCCACUCAAAUCCCAAGAAACAUUGGUGUAUCAAUACCAAUGAAGGCUACUUUUUUCAUCACAUACAUAAUGGUCGAUGGCUGGGCCGGGAUUGCAGGUGAAAUCCUACGGUUGAAACCUUUAGUCAUAUUCCACCUUAAAAACAUGUUCAUUGUAAAAACUGAGAGGGACUUGGAGAAGGCAAUGAACCCUGGUGGUGUUAGUUUCCCCGAGACUUUGCCGAGCCUUCAAUUGUAUUUCCUUUUGGGCAUUGUGUACAUGGUUGUCACACCAAUCCUUCUUCCUUUUAUUCUCGUCUUCUUUGCCUUAGCGUACUUUGUGUACCGUCAUCAGGUAAUCAAUGUAUAUGAUCAACAAUAUGAGAGUGCUGCAGUAUUUUGGCCGCAUGUUCACGGUCGCAUUAUAGCGAGCUUGCUAAUCUCUCAACUCCUUUUAAUGGGCUUAUUGAGCACAAAAGAGGCUGCAAAUUCCACUCCUUUGCUUGUGGUGCUACCGAUAUUGACUUUGGCUUUCCACAAAUACUGCAAGAGUCGGUUCGAACCUGCAUUUAGAAAGUACCCUCUUGAGGAGGCUAUGUCGAAGGACACGCAAGACCGUGCUUCAGAAUCCGAAGUCGACUUGAAAUCCUACUUGGCCGACGCGUAUUUGCAUCCCAUUUUCCACUCGUUUGAGGAGGUUGACUUGAUUGAAGUCAAAGUCGAGAAAAAUGAGGACCAUGUGGCGAGUUCUUCUCCUAGCAAGCCCAGUUCUCCAUCCCCUCAGCAUACGUAUAAUGAUGAAAACGAGCCUGCUCAAACUGUCCAGCACUAUGAAGUGGAACCACCGCAGGCUAUGUAUCGUUAUGAAUUUGAAUCAUCUGAGAAUGUGUAUAGGUAUGAUACUGAGUCUCAGUAUCAAUAUUAUCACUAUUGAAAUUUGAUUCUUAUGUGAUUAGUUGUUAUAUAUUUUCUUUUGAACUUUUAGUUUGAACACUAACCAAAUACCCCUUGUCUACUAGAUAGAUUGACAU